AUAAACUGCAUCUCUCACCCCGCGAUUCCCUCUCCCUUCUCUUUGCCUAUUUCCGUUUCCAAUGCUAAGCUCCAAACCCUAAUUUCCCAUUGUUCUAAUUCUCUCCUUAAUCGGAUAAAAAAAAAAAUUAACACUCAACAUCAAACACAAUGAACUGAAUUCCCACAACUCUUUUCAGAUUAAUACAUAUCAGAAAGCAAAAUGAGUGUUUUUUUAUUGCCAAGUUCAGCCUUUGGGAUGCUUCUUCCCCACUUCCCUGUUGUUUCUUCAGGCACACCACGUGGGCAGUUUCAUUUAAUCUUGGGAGGCUCUUCUAACAGGAAAAGGAAGCAUUUACUUACUGGCAACUGGCAGUGCAGACCAAGAGUAAUUGUAGCCUCAAAGAUGAACGAUCCCUAUGACACUUCUGCAGAUGUGGCUGAUAAUGAAGAUGGUUCUUCAUCAGGGGGGUAUGAAAUGUUGGAGAUGAGAGAGGAGGAGUUAAUGGAGACCAGAAGAGCUCUUUCUGAGGCUCAGGCCAGACAAGAAGCCCUUGAGAAAGAAAGAGAUCAAUUGCUUGAAGAGUUUGCUUGCUCUGAGGCUAAACAGCAGGAAUAUGUGGCGGAGAUUUUGCAUGACAAGGAAUUGACUAUUUCAGAACUGGAGUCAGCGAAAUCUCUGUUCCAUCAGAAGCUGCAGGAGUCAGUGGAAGAGAAAUUUACCUUGGAAUCUAAGUUGGUUCUUGCAAAACAAGAUACCGUUGAACUUGCAGUACAAGUUGAAAAGUUAGCAGAGAUUGCUUUCCAACAGGCCACAUCUCACAUAUUAGAAGAUGCCAAGCUGAGGGUUUCAGCUGCAGAAACCUUGGCUGCUGAGUCCGCGUAUCAAAUUGAAGAACAAAUAAGAAAAGCAACCGAAGGCACUAUUUUGUCAAUCGUUGAGCAGUCAAAAGAUGCUAUAACUAAGGCCCUUGAAGUGGCAGAAAAGGCCGGUGACCAGGCUGCAAAAGCUGUGGCUGCUUUCAAUGAUAGUAUAAAUCCAAUUGAUUCUAUUGCUUCUGUUCAGUCUGAGAAUAUUAAGUUACAAGGUGUUGUCAGUGAGUUAGAAUCUCAAUUAUUGCUUUCAAAAAGUGAGGUUGACAGGUUGAAAUUGGAGUUGCAACAGGUCCAAGCACAAGCAAAUGCAGCAGAACUCCGAGCCAGUAAUGCUGAGAAGGCAUUGCUUGAAUUUCAAGAGUUGAGUAGGAAAAGGGCUCUUGAGCAGGAAGAGGAGAUUAAGUCUUUGUUGGAGAAAAUAAGGAAAGAAGCAGUAGAAAGAAAGAGGGCUGUUUCCAAGGCUUUUAAGGCUGAGUUGGAAAGCAUCAAAGCUGCUGUUAAUGCUGCCAAAGAAACAACAUGUUCGAGAGACAAUGCCUACAUGAGAAGAUGUGAAGCCCUACAGAGGUCACUGAGGACAUCAGAGAGUGCUUUAAAGAUGUGGAGACAGAGAGCAGAGAUGGCUGAGUCAUUAUUGUUGAAGGAAAGGCCACAAAAUGAAGAGGAUGAAGAAGCCAUAUAUGUUGUUAAUGGUGGGAGGAUAGACCUUUUGACUGAUGAUGAUUCGCAGAAAUGGAAACUUCUGAGUGAUGGUCCACGUAAGGAGAUUUCUCAGAGGAUAGCAAGAAGGAUACGGAGCAUCCGUCCCAAGUUUCCACCUAGAAAGACUGACAUAUUUGAAGCCCUAAAUACAAAUUUUAAAUCUUUGGAAUUGCCCAAACCUGAUGAGGUUUGGUCCAUUGCUCAAGAAAAGCCAAAAGACGGUGAUAUGCUUAUUGAACAUGUAAUUGAAAAGGAAGUAAUAGAGAAGAAACGUAAGGCUUUGGAACGGGCACUUCAGCGAAAGACAGUUAAAUGGCAAAGGAUUCCAGAAGAAAAAAAAUUAGAGCCAGGAACUGGAACAGGAAGAGAAAUUGUGUUUCAAGGUUUCAAUUGGGAAAGUUGGAGAAGGCAGUGGUACCAGGAGCUAGCUCUUAAGGCUGCUGAUUUAUCUCAAUCUGGGAUGACAGCAGUAUGGUUCCCACCACCAACAGAAUCUGUUGCACCUCAAGGUUAUAUGCCUUCUGACCUUUACAACUUGAACUCCUCAUAUGGCUCUGUGGAAGAACUGAAAUUUUGUAUAGAGGAAAUGCACUCUCAGGACCUUCUGGCAUUGGGAGAUGUCGUACUUAACCAUCGAUGUGCACAGAAACAGAGUCCAAAUGGUGUCUGGAAUAUUUUUGGAGGCAAGCUUGCAUGGGGGCCUGAAGCAAUUGUUUGUGAUGAUCCAAAUUUCCAGGGCCUUGGAAAUCCUUCAAGUGGUGAUAUCUUCCAUGCAGCACCAAACAUUGAUCAUUCCCAAGACUUUGUACGAAGAGAUAUAAUGCAAUGGUUGAACUGGCUCCGUAAUGAUAUUGGUUUUGAUGGGUGGCGGCUUGACUUUGUGAGAGGCUUCUCUGGCACAUACGCGAAAGAAUAUAUAGAAGCUUCAAAUCCUGCAUUUGCUAUAGGAGAAUAUUGGGACAGUUUGGCUUAUGAACAUGGUAACUUGUGUUAUAAUCAAGAUGCUCAUCGGCAACGUAUAAUCAACUGGAUUAAUGCCACCGGUGGUACUUCCUCGGCUUUUGAUGUCACAACAAAGGGGAUACUCCACUCUGCUUUACAUAAUCAAUAUUGGAGAUUGAUAGAUCCUCAAGGAAAACCAACAGGAGUAAUGGGAUGGUGGCCUUCACGUGCUGUUACAUUCCUAGAGAACCAUGAUACUGGAUCAACGCAGGGUCACUGGCCGUUUCCUCAUGAUAAGCUUACACAGGGAUAUGCUUACAUCCUGACCCAUCCUGGAACACCUGUAAUAUUUUAUGACCACUUCUAUGAAUUUGGCAUCCGUGAUCUCUUAACGGAAUUAAUAGAAGUUCGAAGACGAUCUGGGAUCCAUUGCGGAAGUUCGGUCAAGAUAUACCAUGCCAAUAACGAAGGUUAUGUCGCACAGGUUGGUGAUACCCUAGUGAUAAAACUAGGGCAUUUUGAUUGGAAUCCUUCGAAGGAAAAUCAAUUGGAUGGCAGCUGGCAAAAGUAUAUUGAUAAAGGAUCAGAUUAUCAAGUUUGGUCAAGACAGUGAUUCUAUUAAAUGAUAAAAGAUUAGAAGUUUUCCUCUAUAUGUGUACCAUGCCAAGUCAAUAAUCUUUAGUUGUAUUGAUAGAAGAAUAUCUGUAAUGGUACACAAAACUGAAAAACUAGUGCCCAUCUGCUUCACUACAACAAUAUGGGGGUCAGCAAUGCCAGCAUAAAACCUUGAACAUGGAUUGUGAACCAUUACUGCAGCUCUGUCAAGAAGCAUGAGGGUGAAGGUUAUGUUGCAGAGACGGGUGAUAAAGCAAAUACUAAACUUGGACAUCUCAUCGAAAUAAGUCUUGGAAUAAGGGAUCAGUUUAUCAGUUUGGUUGAAGUUAACAAUCUGAUAUUCUGAUUUCAACAAUUCUUAUGUACUUUUAUCAUAUGAAUACCUGUGUUUAAUAGUUGUUGCUUUCUUGCAUACAUAGGAAGGAACAUGUUCAUAUAUUUAAGUGUGGAUUACUGCAAAAAAAAAAAAAAAAGAACUUGUAACAGGCCGAGAAUGGGAAGUUUUGGAUGAUACCAGAAUUGAGAAGAUGAGUUUGAUGACAACAAGUCAACUGACAUCUUAUGAAUACAGAAUAGGAAAAAAAGUUGUAACUAUUCAUAAAAAUACAGAAAAAAAAUAAAGGUGGGAAGUUUCCACAUGAUACAACACUGCCCGUGAGAACAAAAAAGUUUUUGGAGAUGCAGGGGAUCAAAGUUUAGUUGUAUUCAAACAAUGGAUCAUAUGAAUUCGAAA